GGCAACUAAUAAUGAUAAUAAUAAUAACAAUAACUACUGAGCUUUCUCUGCCCUUUUUCAGAACCCUACCCCUUCAUGCUGAAAGCUAUACAGCAGUUACUGGCAGCCCCCUCCCUCCUGUCUUGAAUCCUAACGGCCGGCCACUGCAACAAAUCGAAAGCUAAAAUAGGGAUCUGGCAAAAUCCAAUUCCCUUGUCAACACUAUUGAGAUUCCUCAGUGACCUUUUCGCGCUUUCUACAUUCGCUUCAAGUACAGUAUGUCUUCAUUUGCUGCUUCGCACCUCCGUCUGGUAUCUUCAGCUUCAAGUCGUCUUCAUCACCAACAUGGUUUCCCUCCUCACCGACCAGCGAAAUUCUUCUUCUCAUCCUCUUCUACUUCUAUGCCAGGAUUUGGGACUGGCGUUGCCCUUGAGAGGAAGAAGAAGCUUUCUUCGUUUGUGGAAGCGGCGGCGGUUAGGCAUUUCGUCGGAUCGCUCACCCGAGCUGAGGGACUUCGUUUCGCUGUGGUUGUAGCACGGUUUAAUGAGAUUGUGACAAAGCCGCUUUUGGAAGGAGCUCUGGAAACUUUCAAGAGAUAUUCAGUUAAAGAAGAGGAUAUUGAUGUAGUGUGGGUUCCUGGCAGUUUUGAAAUAGGCAUUGUUGCUGAAAAGCUUGGAAAAUCAGGAAAUUAUCAUGCAAUUCUGUGUAUUGGAGCUGUGAUAAGGGGUGAUACUACCCACUAUGAUGCGGUUGCUAAUUCAGCAGCAUCGGGAGUACUUUCAGCUGGUAUAAAUUCAGGAGUUCCAUGUGUAUUUGGCGUUCUAACAUGUGAUGACAUGGAGCAGGCUUUAAAUCGAGCUGGUGGCAAAUCUGGGAAUAAGGGUUCUGAGGGUGCUCUAACAGCUAUUGAGAUGGCAUCCCUGUUUCAGCACCAUUUGAACUAGCAAUAAUUUAGCAAAAGAGUCUUGCAGCUUUUUAUUUUUAUUUUUCUUCCCUGAGACUAAUUCAUGCAAACAUCUUUGAACUGUGGAAAUAAUGUUGGGUUGAGAGUUGGAUGCAACAUCGGAAAGGUAGCCUCAACAUUCCAAAUAAUGUUUUGCUAGCAGUUGGUUUGCUUUUGCUAAAUUGUACCGGCACUGCCCAGAGGCUGGAGAAACAUGUUUCAUGUUUUUGAACCAUGGAACAUGUGUAAUUCACAAGUGCUCAACUGUAGCUCUAUGCAACUACCUUUUCACGUCAAAUAAAAUUAUGUUACCGUUAA